UUUUCGAUGUUUUCUGAAAAGUAAACACGUACCUUUAGGUUAUAUCUUGGGUUACACAUAUUUUCACUUGUUUUGCGAUAGUCGAACGUAAAUUGUAACCGAUUUGAUAAUGGAUGAAGAGUAUCUUAUUGAAUUGGUGUGUACAUAUCCGGUUCUUUAUGAUUUAUCCCACGCGAAAUAUAUGGAUGUACGGUAUAAAUCGGAGAUUUGGAAAAGAAUUGGUGCAGAGUUGGGUCAGAAUGCGUCUAUAUGUAAAUCCCGCUGGAACAACAUUAGAGAUCAGUACCGGAAAUCUUUAAAGAAGGAAGCUAUCAGAAGUGGACAGUCUGCGACUAAACUUCGUCCAUACAAGUAUAGAGAAUUAUUAGGAUUCCUCAACGUAUCGUACCAAGAAAAAGGAACUCCCGACAGCCUCGGAGCCGCGGAAGUAAAACAGGAUAGUAAAGAAGAGUUCUGUGGCGAUGAUGAAUACGAAAAGGAUCCAUUAUCACAACAUUGUUACCCGAAGCUGUUCCAACCUCACAACCUUUUAACUCCGGAACAAACAUUAACAACCACACCACCAAAAGAAAUUCUAGCACGAAGAACAAAGACUCCAUCAUACUUGGACAGAAAAUCCCUAAGCCAUCACUCCGAUGAAACGAGCUCUACGCUCGCCACUCGAAUGAUGGACUAUAUUGUCAGCAAGGAACGUUCUGCAACUGCCGAGCCACAUCCUGUCGAUGCGUUUCUAGCAAGUAUUGCCCCGGUUUUAAAAUCGUUAGAUCCUCUAAAUUUAAACCGGGCUAGAUCUGAAAUGUUUGCAGUAGUUCAAAAGUAUGAAUUGGCCAUGCUGAUGUCUACCAGCACCGAAACGUCACCUACACGACAGGCCGUUCUCGAUUCUCCAUCCAAUUACACUAUAGAACGGCUGAACAAUUCGUCGCCAACGCAUACCGAAGAGAUGCCGGAUAUAGUAAAGGAAAACAUGUUUUGACUGGAAAAAAAUUGCACCAAUAGUUGUUAUCGACUGAAAUAAAAAUAUAGACUAAACUUA